GUGAAGCCGCGGCCCGCACCUUCUUUUAAGAUAGCUUUUCUAGUAGUUUUAGGCACAAAAGAUUGUUUUUUUUUGCUAUGGAUCUUACGGCAUUGUUAGGGGUCCUUUCAAAAAUGCAAUGAAAGCAAGAAUCUUUAUAUAUACCAGCCUGCUGCUGCUGUCAGAUUUUGCCUUCAGUCACGACGGACUAUCGCGCCAAAAGAAGUGCGGGGCAUUAAAUACCGUGCUUCAGGAUUAUUGCUUUGGAGAUGGAGGAUCGGAAGUUUCUUCUACAGCGACAUGCACAAAUAAAUGGAAUACCGAACCGGCGGAUUACGUGUAUCUCGGCUGUUACAAUGAAGAAAAACCGUGGAAAGGAAAUCGUAUAGUUGCACCAGUUGAAGAUAAAUUUCCGACUGUUUCCGGAAGCUAUAAAUCUAGAACCAAUGCUAUAGAAAAGUGUGCAAAAGUUGCUUCGUGCCUGGGAUAUAAAGUAUUUGUGAUACAGGAUGGUGGAUGGUGUGCGACUUCAGAAAACGCCCACAAAGUAUAUGGGAAAUACGGAUCAUCAAACGCCUGUGCUCAAGAUGGGGAAGGAGCUGGCGGAACAAACGCAGUAUACAUGUUACUUUGAUGACAUUCCCCGUUGAAGACUUUUUGAUGCCGUUUUCGUCCUAUAGGAUUACGCAGCAAAGACGCGUCAAUUUUAGACCAUAUAUUCACUUUUUAAUAUGACUCCAUUCAUUUCAAUACAAAUUAAACAAAUUAUUAUCUACCUUUCAAGAGGUUGGUAACUUUUGAAUGAUAUAAUAAAGAAGAAUACACGCA